AUGAAGGUGUCCACGCGCUGGUACAUCCAGCGUCUGACCAACCAGCAGUGCGAUCCAAGGCCCAAGUACGUCAUGGAUAUAUCACCUGGCGCCGCAGGUUCGGCUUUCACAAAAUUUGUGACGCUCGCAAAAAGCUGUGGGCCUUUGGCCGAAUACUUGAUUCAGAAGGACACCGAUGUCAAUUUCUUCGGCAAGCAGCAGCUCUAUGCAUUAGUAUUUCCAGUUGAUACUGACAAGAUGUUGAAACUUACCCGGUCUUUUGACAUCCCAGCGCCGACGGCAAGUCCCAGCGAAAGAUGGCUCAUGGGAGCUCGGCCUGAGGAUAAAGACUACCUGUUGUCUGAUGAAGAGCAGGAAUUCCGUCAGGCAAACUGCUCCGUUGUGUGCGCGGUGGCGGACGUCGUGGACAUCAACGGCUUGGUUGCCCACGUCGAUUCUGGCGUCGACCGGCGGCAGGCCCAGAUUCAAGGAGGCGUUUUAGAACUCGACAUGAAGGUUGCGUUUUUCAGCUUGUUGGUUGUUGCCUUAAAGCAGCACGAUCAGCUCAACGUCGAAGCAGAGUUCCCGCUUCUGCGCAACGUUGUCAGCAACUGGGACGGAUGGAAAACUUUUGUGUCUAAGUACUUCGACGUCGAGGUGGCCGUCGCGAAGAAGCUGCUGAUUUCGGCAACCAGCCCCUACGGGCGGCAGUCGCCAAAUCCACAGGAGCGGCCUGACUGGCUCCCACACUUGGAUUGUUUGCAGACGGAAAUAGUCAAUGCUUCUCGGUUUCUUCUCGAGCACGACGUUCUUUACCAGGAGGUCGCGAAGGCGCGACCAGAUUGCAGCUCGCUGCACAUCUUCCUCGGCGAACUGGAGUGCAGUGUCCUGAUGGACAUGAAGCACCUGUUGGAAGAAGCAGGUGCGGUGCCGAUCUCUUUAGUCUACGACGGUAUUUACUUCAGACCCAUGGGGCUCGACGUGCACGACGAGAACUUCAUCGCACAUGUGUCUGCGAUCGAAGCCGGCCACGGGAUAUCUCUGCAAUUGAAGGAUUUAAGCGGCGCGCCGAUUCCUUGGAGGAGCGCCGCUCCCGAGCCAGGCGACCGCAUUCUAGGCAGCAGUUCCUCUUCUCGGCCGCACGAGGACGACUUCUCUUCCGUCCUGGCGGCUGCGUGCGAGAAGUUGGAAGGCAAGGCGCUCGAGGUUGUCCACGGUGAGAACAUGUGCGUCAUCAGUGCUCUCUCAAACAUGGACUUAGUUGCGGGGGAGCCGAGCCAGGCAGGGUUCGCUAGCGGCCCGUACUCUUACCGACAAUUGCAGAAGCUCUACCCCCCUCUCAAGUUCUCCGAGGUACUGCUGAGCGACUUGAUUUGCGCGGAUCCCAUGGAUAAUUUUGUCCUGCAUAUCGGCACACCCGAACGGAUUGCAAUCCAAUGUUCCCUGAAGACCGUGUACACCGCCACUGCGAUGGGCCUAGUGAAGAAGCUCACCGCGAGCGGCCAUCUUCGCGAUUGGCGCGGCGAGAUCUGCCCCUGGUGCGGGGAGGGGGAGUUGGGCCCAUUGAAGAAUUUUCCAGGCAGGAGCGCGAGCUACCGAUGCAGGAGCAAAAGGUGCCAGAAGUUUGUGCUGCCCCAUCACGACCAUCCUGUGUUUUCACAUGGCCGGGGCAACGCAUCAGCGCCAUUCGCGGACAAGGUAGCUGUCUGCACGUGUGCGACCUGGGACGUGGCACAGAGCAAGUGCCACCAGAUAACUGGUAAUAGCCACAAGCUCAUCGAGAAUGUCUACACUCGCCUUGACAGCGCCAGGAUGAAGUAUGUCAAGAAGAAGGAAAAGAGCAUCAAGUUCGGCGCUAUCGACAAGUGGCCGGACGUGGAGGCGGACGAGGUGGACCUGGGCAAGAGGGAUGAUGCGGAGAAGGAUGACCAGGACAAGCCAGUGCAAUGGGAACAAUGGGGAGGAUUAGUCGAGCGGGGCAGGCCGAACACUUUGGUCCUGACGCGUCUUGAUCCAUGCACGACGAAGCGGCGUGCUCCAGGGCCUGGCCCAAUCCGCAAACGCGACUGGAAGCCUAUUGCCAAGCGACACCUUGAGAACCGAGAGGUCGUGCUGCACACAGACGGGGCGAAAGCGUACAAGCUCAAGAUCCCGAAGGUUCUGCACGACAAUGUUGUCCACAUGAAGAAGAAGGUCACUCUGCGAGGGGUGACACGCUGGAUCAAACCGAAAUACUCUGAG